AUGGGGGUCUCGCUUCGAGAUGACCGUUUCUCCAUCCUUAUCUGCCAUUUUCUGCUGGCCCUCCUUUCCCUGGCGGCUUUUGCCCACAUCCACUACCGUAUCCACGACCUGCAGUCGCAGUGUGAGACCGGCCUGCACGAAACUUCGAUCCAGCCGCCUGUGGCCAGAGCGAGACGUGCUGCGAUAGCACCGAAUAAGACCGACAGUCCGCUGCAUCUAUGGCUGACAUCGUUGUCGAGGGUGAAGGGCCCAAUCGGGCCGCCCGGGUACCCGGGUCGAGACGCCGAAUGCAGGGACUGUCCUCUGGAUCGAUCGUUGCUGAUGGAGAGCACCCUGCAAUGUCCUACGUUCACGAAUAUGGACUGCCCGGUGCCAUCGUCCGAACCGGAGCCCACAAUACCGAAGGGUCUCACCCGGCUGCUGCCGCUGGCCGUGCAGAGGCUUUUAUCAAACACGUCAGUGGAAUUGGAGGGAUGUCUAAAGGUUUGCAUGAACGCCACCGACACCGACUACGAUAUGAUGGACGUCGAGCCAACCGAAAUUGCGUAUAUUCAUGGAGCGACGGCACACUGCAAACUACAAGCCGUCGGCAAAUCGGUGUUCCACUCCCAUUCGAGCACCUACUACGGUAAUUGGAUGCGAGACGCGUACCCGCGGACCGGCGAUGACAUGAUGAAGCGCUUCCUGGUCAACCACUUCCAAGGCGACGAGAUCGUCGAGUACCCCAGCGAGGCCGAGAUGAGGAGGGAAAGACCGAAGCGGAUCCAUCGACUUCCACAUGUAUACGACGGGACGAAUCAUGUCAUGUUUAAUGGGUCGUUCUACUAUCACCGAGCUGGGACUCCCAAGAUUGGCAAGUACGAGUUGUCCACGCAACGCUACGACGAGCUGGAGAUCGAGGGAGCAGCGUUUAGAGGGGACAACUACCUCUUCAACGCCUCACUGGCCUAUUUCGACUUGGCAAUCGAUGAGAAUGCCCUGUGGGUGAUGUACCACUUUGAGCACGAGCCCUUUUUGUCGGUGGAUAAGGUCGACAUCAACAAUCUGACGGUGUACGAGACGCACAACUUGACGCUGGUCAACCACACGGCGCUCGCCAAUGGAUUCGUUGUCUGCGGGGUGCUGUAUUUGGUGGACAGCUCCUGGGAACAGGCGUCCCAUAUCUCGACGGCGUACGAUUUUUAUCGGCUUCAGUACUCUACGCCGAAUAUUAAAUGGGUUAACCUCUACGGCAACGCGAACAUGAUCAGCUACAACCCGUACGACAAGCGCCUCUACACGUACGACCACGGCUAUCUGCUAACCAUGCCCGCCCAUCUGCGGUGGCUGUCCAGA